CCUAACGGCCCAAACGUUUUACACCCUUUGAUCUCUCCUUCUCUUUCUUGAUUUCUUGAUACAUCACAUCCUCUCUCUCUCUCCCUCUGUUGUGUUUAUGUAGCCUCCAUUAAAACAAAUUUCCAUUUCCCCCCCCCCCCUUAUCUUCUUCCCGCUUUUCACUUUUGGGUUCUCGUUUCCUCAUUCUAAAUGCGUUUUAGUGGAUUCCUGCUGUGAGAUCUUUUUCUGCAUUUUUUACUGCUUUCCGGAGUGUAUGUGAUCAUGGAUCUGAAUGAGCAAAUGAGAUCAGAAUCGGAGGAGAGAAAUAGGAGUAGCAAGGACAAUAGCCCGGUUAAGAGUUGCAGCGAUUGUCACACCACCAGAACGCCGCUCUGGCGUGGCGGUCCGGCUGGUCCCAAGUCGCUUUGUAACGCGUGCGGGAUCAAGUACAACAAGAAGAGAAGGCAGAUGCUAGGGCUUGAGCGGGGGAGGAACGAGAAGGGAAAGAAGAGGAGGAAGAGCGGCGGCGGCGGAGACGGCGGCGGGAGCGCCGAGACAGCGAAGUCGCUUAGGAUGCGGUGGAUGGCAUUGGAAGGAGAGACGGCGUUACGGAGAUCGGAAAAGCUGUUGAGUCAGUUGCGAGAGGAGGAACAGGCGGCGAUACUUUUGAUGGCUCUCUCUUACGGCUCCGUUUACGCCUAGACCCGACCCGCCCGCUCUGCAAACCCUAGCAAAUCCCCAUACAACCAUUUUCCCUGCUCCCCGUACCCGUUUAGGCAGUAAAAACCUCUAGGAUUACUAAUCGAUUGACUCCAUUGUUAACCCUCAAGCUUAGUGCUGCAAUUGUAAGAUCUUUGUUAUAAGAAAUGCAAGAAGAAGAAGAAGAUGAUGCUGCUGUAAUAACCACUGACGGAGCAUUCAUUUUCUGUUUUAGUAAUGCUGCGAUCUAAUCUCGAAUUUGUUGAUUUCUUU